AUGUCACUAUCAUCAAGCGCAACUAAUAGACGACAUCGACGUCAUUUAUCAAGUCAUAAUUAUCGUAAUCGAGCAAGUGAUCAUACAAAUGGAUUCGGUGGUCAAUCGAAAGAGGAUGAUUUAGAUGUGAAGUGUGGGAAUUUUUUACCCGAAAAUGGUAUAGAAAGGCUUCUGAAUAAAGAUUCUACAAUUUUAAAUGUCAGAAGUGAUGCUUUUCCGGUUUUUGAAUGUUUUGCAACGGAGAUUAGUAGUUUGGAUGCAAAGAAAAAGUUGUACAAUGAUUUACGGAUUGGUGAUGAAUUGUGCUGCCGAAUCCGGCGUGUCGAGUUAGCCGGUGUCUAUGUUGAGCCUAUCUGUACAUUACAUUCAUUUAGACGAAGUUUGAAGUGGAUUAACGAUUUUCAGAUUUUAUUGGAAAGAAAUCUACAAAGUGGACAUGAUUACCGAGCGAACGAUUUGAUCAAAGUUUUGGUAGUUGGCCUUAACGAAGAAACGAAAAUUCCAGUCUUUGCCAUAGAUGAAGAUGCGGGUCUUUUGACGGAAGCUGAAUUGCCGACCUACUUCAGGAAUGGUGAAGAAAUUGGUACGAAAACUUUUGAUGAAUAUCUCAAAGACUAUCUGCCAGCCACUAAUCCUAAUCUCGGAACACUUUUUGGUAUAGAGACUGACUUACCCAUUUCGUUUUUGCAUGACUUAAAAGAUACGGAUUUUUCAUCAAAAUAUCGUGCUCCUUACAUCCGUCAUAAGCAGAAUGAAGAUCUUUCCAUGAGUGUUGCCAAAAGAGGUGUCGAUAAGAUUCGAGGAGGUGACAAUGCUGUUGCUGUGCAACAUUUCAACAAAGCACUUACUAUUUAUGAAAAAAAUAUUGAAGCACUAGUUGGCAGAGCAGCUGCAUAUGCCAAUAUGGGACAUUAUAAUUUGGCAGAAACAGACUUAGAUGCAGCUUUGGCUAUAAAUGCAUCCCAUAUGAAUGCAAGAAAUUAUAUGAUCGAAACAUUAUUACAAGAAGCUAAAAGAUUAGAAGAAGCUGGUAAAAAGGAUGAAGCAAAAGCGAAAUAUGAGAAAAGUCUAACCAUAAAAGAUGAUAUACGUGCAUUAAAUGGCUUAAAAAAUUUGGAACGAAGUCCAUCGGUUGAGGUGGUUGAAAUAAAGAAUGAUAAUGCCAAAGCCAAGAAUCGCAAAAGAGAACAGUCAAGAACAGUUGAUAAACAACAGCGAAGAAAACGUCGAAGAGAUGCAGAAAAGCUAGCCGAAUACGAACGGUUUAUUGCAGAGCUCAAAUCAAAGAAGCUUUAUUUGCUAGAAGCUAUAAUGAUUAGUGAACGAAUAGAAGUAGGUCGAUGUCUGUGUAUCCAUGCUCAAUUGCAAGCUGUUGAUACUGUUUUGCAGUUAUUACUCUAUCAACGUGGCAUCAUACCAGCUAUUGUAUCUCAAUUGCUUUCAAUCACUGAAUCACAAAAUGAAAUUAAAUUUGUUGAAACAUAUACGAAGAUUAGAGAGGCAUUGAAAGAAUUAUUCUGCAGCCGUAAUCGUCGUGCACUUCAUGAAGUUAUUAUAAUUAUUGGUGCAUCACGUGCGUUGCCACAGGAAAUUUACCGAAUACCUAUUAAAGUAUGUGAUUCAUCUGAAUCAGAUUUUUCACAUUGUGGUGAUAAUUGUGCUGAAUUGUCUCCCAGGGAACAACGUAGGAUAUCAUCAUCAUUGGUAGUAAGUUCAAAUUUAAGCACUACGCGAAAUAUUACUCAAAAUACGCGUGUUUUCAUUUUGGUACGUGGAACUUCUGCUCUUAAAUUUCCGGAAGAACUUGUCGAAAAUGAUGAUGGUUUUGAAUUACCGAAAGAUGAAGUGUUAGUACGACGAAAAAUCCACUUAUUGCAGUUUAUUCUAAAACACUUUUGCAUCGAGGAUGUUGUCGCAGUCAGUGAUUCUGAUACAGCUUGGUUCCGUCUUUCACCGGUUAUCCGGGCAUUCGGCUAA